GCGGUUUCGACCCAAAGAUCCACCCAUAGUACACGAGACACUCACCAACGUCACUUCCAGUCUAACUUUAUCGACAUUGGAGCGCUUCAAGACCUCGAGGGAGUUGAAGAACGCUGUAGAGAACCAAGAUUAGACCCGGACCGACCAAUGGAACAACAAAGAUCCGUGUUUGUCACUUCUUUCUCGACUCCUUGCAUACUUAGACUGUAAUCUAGUGUUCAAAAAUAAAGAUCCUUUUCAUGGAUAUGAUCAUUCAGUUUAUUUUCAGCCUGUAAGUAAGAUUUUAUAUUUUGUGCAAAAAACAAACCUACUGGUAAGGGGCGUCAACCAUGGCGACCGGCUUUACCGGACGACGACGACGAGGAGAUUUAAAGUCCUGCGAUGCUCUUCGUCGGUCAGUCUUUUUUUAAUUUUCCCUGAGAAGGUCGUCGACUUCUCGUUCCCCACUCCAAGAACUCGUUUUCGGCGUCAAAUCUGAGGGAAUUCUUCGGGUAUGUUAAUUGUUCACUCCAUUAGGCAGGCAGAGCGAAACUAGGGUCAUAAUAGGUAUUUAGCGACUUCCUUUUGACCACCUUGUACUGGGCGAACUCUCAUCGACAAUGUUCGCCCUUUUCACCAAACGCGCUGCCCAAGAGCAGGGUGGUCUACUCAAUGGAAUUGACCCAACCAUUCCCAACGACAGUGAUCCCAUUCGUCUGUGGAUCGUCCAACUUGGCAUCAUCGUCACCACUGCCUCACUCCUUUCCCUUCUCCUUCAACGAAUCCGCCAGCCAAAAGUCAUUGCAGAAGUCAUCGGUGGAAUAUUGCUGGGCAAAACAGCCUUUGGUCGAAUUCCAGGUUUCACAAAACACAUCUUCCCAGACGAGUCCAAGGGAUAUCUCUCUCUCACAGCCAAUAUAGGCUUAUGUCUAUUCCUCUUCAUGGUCGGAUUGGAGAUCGACGGAAGCAUCAUUCGAAGGAAUGCCAAGCUGAGCGCCACAAUUGGACUCGCUGGCAUGGUCUUACCUUUUGGUUUCGGCGUGUGUUUGUCGAUACCGCUGUAUAGAGAGUUCAUCGAUUCGAGCACCGUCAAAUUCACGCAUUUCAUGCUCUUCACCGGCGUUGCCUACUCCAUCACUGCUUUCCCCGUCCUUUGUCGUAUCUUGACAGAGCUCAAGCUCCUUGACACGACCGUUGGCAUCGUCGUACUCAGUGCUGGCGUUGCAAACGAUGUCAUCGGAUGGACCCUGCUCGCUCUUUCUAUUGCAUUGGUCAACGCAGGUUCCGGUUUGACAGCGCUGUACGUUCUCCUUGUAUGCGUCGGGUGGACCUUCUUCGUGCUUUUCCCCUUAAAGCAUGCUCUGCUCUGGUUGGGGAGGAAAACAGGUUCCAUUGAAUCAGGUCAACCGACAAUGUUCUACAUGACAGUCAUCGUCAUGUGUUUAUUCGGGAGUGCCUUUUUCACGGACAUCAUCGGAGUUCAUGCAAUCUUUGGCGCGUUUCUCGUGGGGAUCAUUGUUCCUCGCAAUAAUGGUCUGGCCAUGGUCUUGGUUGAGAAGUUGGAGGACUUUGUUGGGAUCAUAUUUUUGCCUUUGUACUUCACCUUAUCCGGUCUCUCUACAGAUCUCGGCCUGCUGAAUGAUGGCAAAGCAUGGGGUUACACCUUGGCCAUCUGCUCUAUUUCAUUCACUGGAAAAUUCGGUGGUUGCACACUCGCUGCCCGUUUCCUCACUGCACCUUCGAACUUUUCCUGGCGUGAAUCGGCAACCAUUGGGUCGUUGAUGUCGUGUAAAGGUCUGGUCGAGCUCAUCGUGCUCAAUGUCGGUUUAAGUGCAGGCAUCCUGAGUCCCAAGGUCUUCUCCAUGUUCGUCCUCGAAGCCUUGACGCUCACUUUCUUGACGACGCCUUUGGUAGUCAAAUUCUAUCCUCCUGAUAAAAGGGUCAGAGUUUCAGGGAGUGGAGCGAAUUUCAACUCUGUUUCCGACCGGACAGCAGAAGCAGAAUCCGGGGAAGUGAAAAAGUCGAGUGAGAGCAGGAGAAAAUCAAAGGAGAUUGCCUUUGAAGAGAGGAAAAAAUGGACGACUUUCACGGUCGUACUGGAUAAUAUGGAACACCUCCCGAGUUUGAUGGCGUUCACGCAGUUGGUGAAACCAUCCCCUUCGACUUCGACCCGUCAUUCUGCUACACCCUCAUCAUCCUCAACAUCUUCGUCUUCUCAAGGACAUCAACCCCAGACCAUCAUUUCAUUACACCCCCUCCGUCUCCUACCACUCUCAGAUCGUUUACUUUCCUCUACCUUCCAUAUAUCUUCGCAUUACACGGACCCAGUAUUAAUGGUCUACCGAAUGUUCCUUCGCCUUCUUCCAUGGUCUGAAUCCAACGUAGCCGAACCCAAAAUCGAAGUGAUGGAAUCCAACAGUGAAGAAAGAGCCACUUGUGUCACUGGACACGCCGAAUCUUCUUCCUCUACAAACUUUGGACACGGCGAAAACAGGAGAACGUUGAUCAUGAUGGGUUGGUUACCUCCUCCUGCCCCUCAAGCUCCUUUGACUCCUCAACCUGCAAUGACACCUCGAUCAGUCUCCUAUAACCCCUUUGAUGCGUUGUUCAAGACUGCUACUACUGGCACUCAUGUUGAUGAAGAAGAUACAAGAGAUACUACGAUGCAUGCUCAUUUCGUACGCCGAGUGUUUGGGAAAGCUGUAAAGAGCGGGAUUGAUGCGGGCUUGUUUGUUGAGUUGGCUCAUUCGAGGGCUGGGAUGACCGCGCUUGGUGGUGGAAUUGCAAGUGCAAGUGAUGGAGAAGAAACGCAUAUCUAUCUUCCCUUCUUUGGAGGACCUGACGAUCGAUCGGCUUUGGAAUUUGUGGUUCAGCUGUGUGAAGGGAAGAAGAAUGUGAAAGCGGAUGUUGUCUGGGUACGCGUUGGUAGUAGUGGUGGAGUUGGUGAUCAAAAGUCGGUUCUUGGAGAUGAAGUUUAUACCGCGACGAUGACUUCUGCUAAAACGGGUAGAGGAAAUGCGGCAGCUGCGGAUGGUGCGAAUGUAUUCGUGGAUACGGUGUAUCCUUCGAUGACGCAUGGGGACCGUAUACAGUGUGUCACUCUGGAUGGUGUGAUUUGGGAUCGAUAUUCUACCCUUCCGUUAUCGAAGGUGACAUUUAGAGAGUUGAAUGUCGAGUCUGGGAGGGCGUUGAGAGGUGUCUUGGAUGAUGUUGGCUCUAUGGUGAAUCGGAGAACGGUUGUGGUCACUGGGAGAUCGAGGAGGUUGGCCGUUGAGAAUCAUAGUAUGGAAUUGAAGGAGGCGUUCCAUGGAGGGGGAGGGGAUGUCAGGAAGACUGUUGGGGAUGUUGCUGCAGCGUUGAUGAGUAGCGGUGCUUCUAUGGGUGUGGAUGGUGUGGUUAUAAUCCAGACUGGAGGAGCGGAAUCGUCAUGAUGCCUUGAACGAAAUCUCACGUAUUUCUUUCCUUUUUCCUCAUACCCAUCGCAAUUAUUUUUUUGAUUUUCAUGCUCAUAUCUACCUAUACCACCCAAACGACGUACAUGAAACCUGUAUAAUAACUUGGCACAAUGCUAACAGAAUUUUUUCAACAAC